AAACAUGUAAACAGAUAUCGUGGAAGACACUGCAUCACUGCAUGAUCGCACGUGUAUUUAUUUAGUUUACCUGUGUUUCACGCCGGCAUCUUUCCCGGUGUACCUUUGAUACCGUUAUUCUGGUGCAGUGGGGCCUUAUAAAUUGUGCAGGCAGCACAAACCACUGCUCAUUGAUGGAGUUAUUCAAACCAAUCUGCAUUAAUAUGAUUCAUGAACAGUCGGUUUCGCAUGUAAGCGCUAUUCGAAAAGUAGUAAACGCUACGCCGGCUGAAACGAUUCAGGAUUUGCAAGAGUACAUAAUUGUGCCAUUGUGCCUGGUUUUCAAAAAAGGAGAAAGAUCUGAGGCGCUCCUAAUUGAAACCCUUGAAUGCCUGAGUGAUGUCUUCAAAAAAUCUGAAAUCAGGAGCUGGAAUGUUUUUUCCGACCUCUUUCUUCGGAUGCUUGCCACAGUUAGCACAGUCACAGACAAAUUAGAAGUGGCAUCCAUAAGUGAAGAGGUCAAGCUGUCGUUCAUCAGUAGUCUGAACACCCUCAUGAAAAGUGCAUCGAAGAGCAUCAGGAAACAAAUGCUGAGCACAGAUUUCCGAUUAUGCUUGAGCCAUGCUGUCACUGUCUUGUUAGCACUCGCACAAGAAAGGAGUCGGGUACUACAGAUUACGGCUAUGCAGUGUUUGCUCACAAUGGUCUACAACGAAGACCGAGAUGACCCACAAAAAGAAGAUCUGGAUUUUCAUGUAGGAAAUGCCAUUGCAGGAUUUUUUCCUGGAAUUUCAAUUGCACUUACGCGAGUCAUUCUCGGCAGCAUUAAUCGUAGUCAGGAAGUCCUUUCUACUGCUUUGAACUUGUGGACGCACGUUAUCAUAGCGGUGUUAAGUGAUGCGAGUCUGGAAUGCUGCAAAAAGUUGACGGGAACAGAAAUACCAGAUGCACAUUCCAAGGUUCCUCAAAUCCAUAGGAAUUACGAGUGGGCUAGUUCUACAGGAGAAAAGCUUCUUAUCCUCAUAAGACGAGUGCAGUCUUCACUGGUAGACACCCAGCCGUUGGUGAAAGUAAAGUCUGUUGAAUGGGCACAAGAGAUCCUUCUGAACUGCGGCAAAUCUCUUCAUCUCCUCAUUCCACCACUCCUUGAUGUGAUCCUAGUGUCCAGUGCGGAUGACGAUGAAUUAGUCGCUACAGCAGGACGCUCUGCUUUGACCAAGAUCUCGCCACAUUUUUCUCGAGAUAGCUGUUCUCUGGCAGAGACUUUAGAAGGAGAAUUUUGUAAAUUGCUUGUCAGAUUUCCAUCUGCUGUGAAUGCCGGAACUGACAGUGAAUUGCGUGCUCUCGUGAAACUGGUAUCGGGAUACCUUAUGAUGCUGCGUGGAAACAUCAACAGGAUACUGAUGUCGCCAUUGGCCUGUCAAAGGCUCAUGAAUGCACUGUUUCACCUUACCGAGUUCGAAACUGCAGCUAUCACCAUACUUGCCCAAGGAACCGUGUGUGCAGACACAAUCACAAGCACAGAAGCAUUGCCACAAGGUUACUACAGACAGUUCAAGCAUUUUACAGACCCCACUAUUUUCGAAGAGUUGAAGAAAGUAUGUCGAUACCUAGGACAGUAUGGUAACACUCUGUUGCUACUGGACCUACUGCACCAAAAGAUGCAGGAAUCUGGAGUUCACAGGAAGCAAGCUAUUUUACUUCUGAAUCUGAUCCUGUUGGCCUCCACAAAUGCAGAAAAGAAUUACGAAGAAUCAUCAAGUAGCAGCAAGACAGAUAUUCAUAAUCACAUCAGGUCUCUCCUGGAUUGUUACCUUUCACAAGAAUUUUGGGAGGUUCCCCUGGAGGUUUCGAUGGGUCACCAUGAUUGUGAUGGCACAGACGAUAAUGCACAUUUGCUGCACAUCUCAUCUGAGCAGUUUUCCAUUGAAUGCAUAAACUCAAACAUUUUACAGAUCUGCUUGCUUCUUGAAGGGGUAUCAGUGUUCGCUUCAGUUUUAAAGCAGAUGUUUCGACCACUGCUCCAGGUAACGCUCUGCCCUCUGCUGGAAAGAGCAGACAGUCAUAUUCACCUUGUGUCGCACACGGCAUGCAUGGCACUUCUCCGGGUGUCAGCCUCGUGCGACUAUCUGUCUAUCCCAGGCAUGAUUCAAGACAACGUUGAUUACAUAACAAACGCACUAGUCUUCAAACUCAGGCACUUCAAAUCAAAUCCCAAUGUCUCUCACGUUGUGCAAGCCCUCGUGAAACAUGCAUCAAAGGAUGCAAUGGGGUUGAUAGCAGAUGUUGCUAAUGAGGUGCUCAAUGCCCUUGACUUCUGCUAUGGCAAACAUGCUCUCAUAUUGCUCAGAGUAUUAGGCAGUACAGUGUUUGCAAUAUCAAGCUGGUUUCCAGCUACUACAAAGCAGGCAGCAACAACAGAAGAAAAGAAAGUGGUGUCAUUUACUCAAUUUGUUGAGGAGUUUCAUCGGCACAAGGUAGCAUCUCGAAGCAUUGAUGACUGCCAUGAAGAGGAAAACAUUAAUUUAAAUUUGGAUGAGCCACGGGACGUCGAGCAAGCUGGUUGCGCGGAGGAAGAACAAAAGCCCGAGCUGCCGUGUCAUGUGAAACUAUUGAUUCAGAUCAUGAAGAGGUGUAUUCAUCUACAGUCGAGUGCGGACCUCUGGCUACAUACAACUGUUUAUGAAAUUAUAAAAUGUGGCAUUCCACUCCUUUCAGAUUACGAAGACGAAUUGUUGCCCAUCGUUCAUCAGCUGUGGAGUCCUCUGAUCCACAGGUUCUCCGAGGAUAACCUGCAUUUAUCAUUUAAGGCUUUUGAAGCACUUCUGUCCCUUGUUGAAGCCAGUGGAAGUUUCAUCAAACAAAGGACAUUCAGGGACGUGUGGCCUAGGCUGGCACGAUACCUAAGAAAGCAGCAUGGCGUCAGUAAUGGUAAGGGGAAACAGUAUACCAUUACUGUUGCAUAUAAGUACCAGCUGAUACUGCUUCAACAGUUGGGACAUCUUUUCUAUAAACUUCAAAUAUCCGAAGUGGAUGUGGUAGAUGUAGCCACUGUUGUUGUUUGCUACAUGGAGUCCUCUCAGCCAGAAGAACUGCAGAAGGCAUCUCUGAAUUGCAUGAUACAGCUUUCACACUGCAGCCCAGAAGGUGUGUGGUACAUCCUAAUGAGGUCCUUCUAUCAGUGCUCAUCAGCCUGGUCGCCUGCGCCAUCUCUCGUGAAAGUGUCGUUCCUACCAACGCUCGAGUGCUCAAAUACGAAUGCACGCUCACUCCUGAACCAUAUACAACAGCUAAAUUUGAAAAAUUCCAAGCAUAAAGCUGUGUACUGCGGCUGAAACAGGAAAGGUUUCGCAGUGGACAGACUCGUGUUGCACGAAAGCUCAGGAGAAAAAUGUAGUGACGUGACUGUGUUAAUAAAUGGAAAUCAAACUGCAAAAGUAAA